UCUUGCCUUGCUGAUGAGCUAUAAACCCGCGUCAGCCUCACAAUAAUAGUGGAAGGUGAACUUCGACCUGUCCCCACAUCCCGCACUCCUCCUUCACAGACAUGCUCUUCACGCCUCUCCUCGCCCUCGCCUUUACAGGCUCUGCGUGCGCGACCUGGGUAAUCGAACCCCAGAAGGGCUUCAAGGCCAAAAACGACCAACAAGCGGCGUCCAUAAGCAAGGCAUAUGUCUCAGCAGUGGAGAGCUACUAUCAAACACUUACAACUGGCGCCGACUGGACCAAGGCUUGGGAUGUUAUGAGAGCGUACCAGCAGACGGGCAAAGACGUUCCUGAAGCUGCGACAGCAUCGAAUACCGUUUUGACAUAUACUACCACUCCGGCUUGGUACAAUGCGAUUCCGACGGAAGCGAAGACUGUCUUCGACGGCAUGAACAAGAAAAAGGAGGAGAUUCAGGCCAGUGUUCUGGCCGACCAGAACACAUCAAGUGAAGCUGCGCGCCCACUUGGCAGGGGGUUGUACCUCGGCGGUGCUAUCACCGCAGUCAUAGCUGGGCUAGUGGUCGUGCUAUAGCCUGGCUUGAGUGUGGCGUAGCCCGGUUGCUUGGCCUGGGAAAUGACGAUUAUGAUGAAAUACCCCCGAGCCUGUACAGAUAGCUCAAGGUGAUUUCGGACUGUGCUGAGAUUUGUUGUUUGCGUUAAUGUAGCAUUGAUGAACUUUUUUUGGUAGAUCGCCUGUGAAGCAUCAGUUCGUGAAGAAACAGUGCGGGUUACCUGGGAUACUAGAGCGCCAAGAUUAGUAGUUGUGUCGGUGAAGCUACCUCCAAUAACAAUAACGCGCAGUCUCUAAUGUUAACGUAGUAGGGCUAGAAACAUACCAUG